AUGCCCCAUUCCAAACACGACAGCCCCGACAAUAACCCCGUCCAUAACCACCACCACCACCAAAUCUUCAACCCCUUCUUCACCCCCGACGCCCGACAUGGCUUCGACCGCCAAAUCAACGACAGGCAGGAUAUCAUCAGGCGGCUGAAGACAAGAGGCAAUGUCGACCCGGAUGAAGACCGCCCGCCCUCGCCCACCACAAUCCCCCUGCAUCAUGACACCAACGCACUCGGUCUCGAUAUUCCUCGGCCACGAUCCGCCUUGCACCGCGGCGACUUUAGAGAAGACGACGACCAUCAACAUACCAUCGCCACAUCUCCCAUAGUCCCAUGGCACGCUCAGACGCAGCUUCUACAAAGGCCCAGAGCCGCAUCUCAGGCUUCGUUAUCUGGCAGUUUUUCUUAUCAGCCCCCCACAAGCCCGCUCGUCCACCAAGCCAACGCCAAUGACAUGCCCGACCACGACUCGCCUCAUUUUACACCCACACGAUCCUCGCAUCUCCCUUUGCAUCGCCAUUCAUCAUUACGCGCUUUCCCUUACCAAGCACACCAACCCCGUCGCUCCAUCGGUUCAAUCUCGUAUCUAUCACAAUCUCCCUUCCCUUCGAGCCGACGUCCUUCAAUCUCGGAUGCAUCACCUCUACAACAUGCUCCCAUGGUCGGUUCAUACGAGGAGAGCAUUCUCAGAGGCCGCAUGUCUACCACUCCUUCAAAACCUCUAGACUUUGUCGCUCAGAUCGGUGUCCUUGGAAAAGGUGAUUGCAAGCCGAGUCUCAAAUGCCCACCUCACGUCUCUGUACCCUUUCCUGCUGUCUUCUAUAGCUACGCCUCUGGUACAACCACUGACCCGGAACCGAGUCCUUAUGUUGGCAUGCUUGACUUGGAAAACACCUUGAAAAAGCCUGACGACCCUGAAGCUGCUGCCACGCGGAGACGGCGAAAACAUCACCAUGAUCAGGAACACAGUAGAAAUGCUUCUGAGCACCUGGCUGCAACCAGCAACCUGGAACACGAUCAAGCAAGUCGACGUCAACAUAAGUUGCACAAACGCACGAGUACAGCAGCUCCUGCCGGUUCAUACCGCAUCCCCGAGAUUGGUCAACUGCAAAUUGUCAUCAAGAACCCCAACAAGACCGCUGUCAAGCUCUUUCUGGUUCCUUACGAUCUCUCCGACAUGCCUCCCGGCACAAAGACGUUCAUUCGUCAACGUUCCUACACUGCUGGCCCCAUCAUUGAUCAACCCAUCUCUAAUCUGACUCGAUUCCCGGACGCCGGUAUUCACGAGAAGCCAGUUCUUAGGUAUCUGAUUCACUUGAAUAUUUGCUCGACGCAAAAGGGGCGGUACUAUCUCUACGGCGGUAUCAGAGUGGUCUUUGCCAAUCGUGUGCCGGAUGGAAAGGAAAAGCUGCGUACCGAAAUGUCAACGCCCGAACCCAGGUUCUCUAUCUGGAAGCCAGCUUCCACUACCACAGAUGUCGCCGAUGUGGCAGCCAAAGCAAAGGCAGAUGCAAAAAGACGCCGCAGUGCUGUCUUCCCUUCGCAUGCUUCAUCUUUCGACAUGUUCCCUCAGCCUUCUUCUGGUUCCGUUGAUAGUACGACGUCAUUCCAGCGUCUGUCCUUCCGAGACCGUCACUCGCAUCUUCCAACACUGGAGAGCCGACCAGCGAGUCGAAGCGAUAUGGAUAUCGAGACUGAACCUACCAACACCUCCUUCCAGAACCCUGCCUGGCAAAGAGAAGAACGAAGUGAAGAAGCCUUCGUGUUUGGCAGACGGGAUGGAAAUGUUGACACGAGGGCAAGACAGGAGAGUUUGCUGUCUAGGAAACUGAGGGACUUGGAAGUUAGAGGCCGCAAGUGA